AUGUCGACCAAUUUUCGCGACCGUGCUAUCGCCGAGGUGCAAAAGGCCAUCGCGGCCGACCACAAUAAGGAGUACCAAAAGGCCUUUGACCUGUACAUGUCCUCGAUGGAGCUGUGGGUCAAGGCGCUGAAAUGGGAGAAGAACAAGGCCCUCAAGGCCACCAUGCAGGAAAAGAUGGCCACGUACUUGGACCGUGCCGAGAAGCUCAAGCAGUUCCUGCAAAGCGAAGCCGAGACGGCCAAUAAUGGCAAACCGAUGAUGGGUGCCGCCAACGGGACGAGCGGUGGUAAGGCCAAGAGCGCUCCCGAGGAUGACGAAAACAAAAAGCUACGCAACGCUCUGUCGGGAGCUAUAUUGCAGGAGAGGCCCAACGUGCGGUGGGAGGACAUUGCCGGCCUCGAGAGCGCAAAGGAGACCCUCAAGGAGGCCGUCGUCUUACCUAUCAAGUUCCCUAGCCUGUUCCAAGGAAAGCGACAGGCCUGGAAGGGCAUCCUCCUCUAUGGCCCGCCUGGGACGGGUAAAAGCUAUCUGGCAAAAGCCGUUGCCACUGAGGCCAACAGUACAUUUUUUUCCAUCAGCAGUUCCGACUUAGUGAGCAAGUGGAUGGGUGAGAGUGAAAGACUCGUCAAGGCCCUUUUCUCCAUGGCUCGUGAAAACAAACCGUCGGUCAUCUUCAUCGAUGAAAUCGAUGCCCUCUGCGGACCGCGAGGAGAGGGUGAGUCGGAGGCUUCCCGGAGAAUCAAGACGGAGAUACUGGUGCAGAUGGAUGGUGUCGGAAACGACAGCAAGGGUGUCCUGGUUCUGGGAGCCACCAACAUUCCCUGGCAACUGGAUGCCGCCAUCCGCCGACGAUUCCAAAGGCGCGUGCACAUUGGUCUACCAGACCCUAACGGCCGCGCAAGGAUGUUCAAGCUGGCCAUUGGUGACACGGACACGGGGCUUCAAGCCAGCGACUACAGCGUCUUGGCCAACAAGUCGGACGGUUUCUCGGGUAGCGAUAUCAGCAACGUUGUCCAGACAGCCCUUAUGCGACCAGUCCGCAAAAUUCUGCAAGCUACACAUUUCAAGCCGGUCAUGAAAGACGGCAAGCGCAUGCUCAUGCCAUGCUCACCUGGAGACCCCGCAGGCAUCGAGAUGACUUACGACGACGUCAAGUCGGAUGAGCUGUUAGCCCCAGACGUGAUGCUCAAAGAUUUCGAGGUUGCUCUGGAAGACUCGCAUCCAACUGUGUCCAAGGACGAUAUUGGCAAGCAAAUCGAAUGGACCAAUGAGUUUGGUAGCGAAGGAGCUUAA